AUGACCUGGCUGGCUACAAUUGCGGCCGGCCAAGGGACCAGCGGGAAGGAAAAUAUCGAGUCCUGCCAGACAGACAUCAGACGAACCUUUAAACCCUUGUCUGACGCCGCAGAUUCACCCGAGCCGCUGCCCGCCCGCUGCAAGGGAAGCUCAAGUUCUCUCUGCAUUUACAACCCGGCCGGUUGGCAUUGGCGCCCUGCUCCCAUGCUUACCCCUCUUCAGGUUCAUCCCAUUCCCUGGCAGAACAAAAUGACGCGACCCAUUCGGUCGAGCGAUCCCCUCAUGAUCGUUCGCAAGGUUACCACAUCGGACCAAAAUGGGGUAGUGGGCGGAUUGCCAAAGGAUCUUGCGCUGCCACGGAUAUACGAAGAAUCCACCAUCUGUCGCGAAGACGAUUUCCCCUACUGGGCGGUCAAUGCGACCGGCUUCGAGUCGGUCUGCGCUGAAUUACGCCUUAGUUUGCAAGGGUCUUGGAAACCGGAGAUGCUGAGUGGAAGCCGGCUGGGCUCCGCGUUGAUCUCAUUGGCAAACCCUGUCGGCGAACCGCAUCGGACAAGAUCUCAACUGAGCAAUGAUUUUGACGAUUCGAGGCAUUUUGGCAACGUGGCCACGGUGGCUAGAUACAUCAGCCUCGGGGCACCGAUGCCCGGUUUCGACGUCAUCGCAUCGGCCCCUGCCGACGAGGCUGAGGGGCAAUAUCAGAGUUGGACAAAGAAGCGAACUGCCCCAAGAUCUGCCGCCAUCGUUCUUGUUAGUGUCCGGGCAGACGCGCAAUGGCAGAUGGCAGCGGACCUAGAGGCUAGAGCCAAAGAACGGCAGUCCCUUGAUCACGACAGACUUCCUACUAGCCCGAGCGGUUCCGGACCUAGCGAUGCGAACCCAGCUCGGGUGCACGACUGGCGCCUGCUGGUACGGGGCCUCGCCUCACGGCUUGAAGUCGCAAGACGUGGUUUUAGCACCUUUGGCAUGCUCAAGAGUCUGUCUUCUCGAAGCAUGAAGAACAUUGAGAUGGAGCCUUUUCAGCCUACUCUCCAACUGGUUUCAUCUUCACGCCCUCUCUAUCGAGGAAGUUACCAUCUCGGAGACUUUGUCCUCAUCUCCAUCUUUCUCUCACGAGCCUCUCCGCUCGACUUACACUAUCGUCAAGCCACCUCCGCGCGACGGCGUGGCCAGCAUGACAACACAACGGGCAGGAUUCUACCCAUGGAAAAGGAACGGGACAUGGCAUUCUCCGUUAUGUCGUGGCACACGAGCGGAGGGGAUCAGACGGUUUGUCAAGUUGACGGCGUAACAAAACAGGCACCCUGGAACUUGUUCUCCGUCGGGGCUUACACGGAUCAGGCACCGGUGGUGGUGGUGAUGGUGUUCGGCAUUGCUUGCCACCAGGUCCUUCGGGGGCGUGGUGUAUGGUAUCUGGCCCAGGGAGGCCUCAUUCGUAGUGUAGAACAGACAUAUCGACAUCGUCAUGUCAAAAUGAAGAAGGUGAAAGGUCCUAACAGUUAUGCUUUCGUCUUAUCACGACUGGCAGACGAAGCCAGAGCCGAAGCAGAGGAGGGUGUCAAAUUAAAAUGUUGCGAAUUUCUGUGGAAGAACCCAAGGGACGACGAGAGAACGAGAUGUACCAUCAUUAUUCAUCUUUUCAACUCGCUCCCUUCCAUUGAGUUUCACAGUCUCAUUGACUUGAGAAAGCUCAACAGAGUGCAACAAUAUUUUGAUUUCGCAAAGCUACAAGACCUCCACCUGAUCAUCAAAUACAACGGAGCCCACGCCAUCGUGCCUCGCCGCAUACCGCCAGAAAUCAUGCAAGAACGUGAACAUCAGACCCGUAUGUACUUUCAGUUUGUUUACACAUUCCGCAGCAUAGCUAAAGCGAGCGAGCACUAUAUCCGGGACAUGUCCCAAGGUGGUGUCGUCGAUGCUGCAGACCAUGGAGAAGCAAAAGGAGUCACUCCAACAUUUGCAUACGGUUUCGCGGCGCUAGCCAACUACGACGUGACGCGCGGUUAUCAGAACUCGAGUCUCUGA